AGCAACCUGCAACAACCGGGCCACUGCAAACACGACCAACGCCAGCGUCUGUCAUUUCCUGGUGGUGUACUGAAAAGCAUUGUGUUGUUGUUCAUGAAAACUAUUUUUCUUUUUAACUUACUGAACCAUCAUUUCACUAUAUAGCUUACCAUUACAUGAAAAAACGAUUUUGUUUAUUUUGCAGUAUUUGCCUGAGCCCGUAUAUUUUGAAACCUGAAUCUGUCUUUUUCUGGGCAAGGUAGAUUUGAGAAUUAAGAACGGUAGCUAAUCUGAUCAGCGGUGCCCUGUCGCGGCAGUGAGAUGUCUCGGAGCUCCAGUUUGGUGUGUUUGGAGAACCAGCUACUGUGCCCCAUCUGCCUGGAGGUGUUCGCCGAGCCCCUGAUGUUGCAGUGCGGCCACUCCUAUUGCAAGUCGUGCUUGAGCUCGAUGACCCUCGACCCAUACGGCCAGCUCCGGUGCCCCGUGUGCCGCUGCGAGGUGGACGGGGGCAGCUCCCCUCCUAACGUCUCCCUGGCCCGGAUUGUGGAAGCCAUGCGGGAGCUGAACGACUCUCACCCGGAGCUGGAGAGCUGCCUGCAGCACCACAACCCGCUGAGUCUCUUCUGCGAGCAGGACCAGGCGGUCAUCUGCGGGCUGUGCAGCAGCAUUGGCGCCCACCGGAACCAUAAGAUCACCCCCCUGACCAGCGUGUACAGCAGGAUGAAGGAGGAUUGUUCUGCUUUGUUGACUGAGAUUCAGACGCAGAAAAGAAAGCUGGAGGGGCAGAUCUGCAAAAUGGCUUACAACAAAUCGCGAGUCACAAACGAGUCUGAUGUUUUCAAGUGGGUGAUCCGGAAGGAGUUUGGGGAGCUGCGGCGCUGUAUUGAGGAGGAGGAGUCCAUCUUCAUGCACACUGUGGAGAGCAGGGCAGCGGCGUUGAUCAACACCCUACAGAAACAGGUGGACGAGAUGGCAGAGAACCUGGGCAAGUUCCAGGAGAUCGAGGGGACCCUGGAGCAGCUGAACAAUGAGAGCCAACUCAACUUCAUCAGGAAGUAUGGCUCCAUUGCUCCUGGGUGCAGAGAGGCUCAGCAGACGCAGCAAAGGACAGACAGGGUUUACAGCGCCAUCACCUUCAAACCGGGCUUCCACCACGAUGACAUCAAGAUCAGUGUCUGGAAGAAGCUGCACAGGCGGGUCCUGCCAGCCCCAGAGGCUCUGAAGCUGGACCCCCUGACAGCCCACCCCAUGCUCAGACUGAGCGUCAAUGACACGGUGGUGGAGUGCGGGGCCCUGGUCAACCGGCUGCCUAACAACCCUGAGCGUUUCAGCUACAGCUACUGCACACUCACAAGCCGCGGCUUCUCCUCGGGAAAGCACUACUGGGAGGUGACCGUCGGCAGCAAGAGCAAGUGGCGCCUGGGGCUCAUUAAAGGGACUACCAGCCGCAAAGGCAAGCUGCCCAAGAACCCCGAGAACGGCGUGUGGCUCAUCGGCCUGAAGGAUAGCCGGCUGUACGAGGCCUUCGCCCACCAACGCACCGCCCUGCCCCUGGCAUCGCGGCCCGCCAAGAUCGGAGUCUUCCUGGACUACGAGAAGGGAGAGCUGACCUUUUAUAAUGCCGACAGCCCUCAGGAGCUGAGCUUCAUCUACAGCUUCCAGACCGAGCUGCAGGGCAAGGUGUACCCGCUCCUGGACACCUGCUGGCACGAGAGAGGAGGCAACACACUGCCGCUCAUCCUCAACCAGCCACAUGCGGGCAAGCAUGCCUCAGAGCCAGACCCAGCAUCCUUAACACAGGAGUGACAGAGAUACAAACUCAUCUUCAAGUGUAUUUAGAAUGAAUUGCAUAGGGAUAUACUUGCAAAUGAUGGGGGUUGUGUUGUGUAAAUCUCUUUUAAAAAAAGGUUCUGCAACUAAAAAAAAAAACGUUAAAUGACAUUUUGUGCACAUUUACCUAAACCUGAAGGAAACCACACAAGGAAUGGCAAAAUGAUAAAAUUGUGAAAAAUAGAGGUUUUUACAUAUGCUGUGACUCCACACAUGGGAAACAAAAUUAUGGGUGUGAUUUUCAAAGCUUGGUAACUUCUAGUAUGCUGAAUACAUCUCUGUAUCUUAAAAAGCAAAUACGAUUUUUGCAAUCUGACUUCACUGAGCAAAUCAGAACUUGCAUGUACGGUUGAAGCAGUUUGAUACUUUUGAAAUUGCUAAAAGUUACAUUAACACUAACACCACUUGCUAUGCUUUGAAAGUCCAGACCUCUUUGUGUAGAUAAAACUAUGGAUUAUCAACGUUUAUAACUUUAAUAAUCCUGUUUAUGAAAGUAUUGUAAGCUGGGAUCAAGGGUCUUUAUCUAUUCUGUAUAAUUAUUAUUCAUUUUUUAAAUGUACGUGCAACUCUGUGUUACUGAGCACCAGGGACUGUA